GAGAAUAAUAAACAUAACAUAACCUCUAAAAACAUAACCUAAAAUGUGAAAACAAUCACAUUUUUCUUACAUUUUUUAGUUUUUUAUUAUUUUAAAAGUAAUUAUUAAUUCAAUUCAUUCAAUCAAGAUGGACGAAGUAACAUCAUUCGCCAUACUAAAAAAAUGUAGCAUUAUACCAAAAGCCAUGAAGUCUAUUAUUUGUUCAACUUCAAGAAAUCUUCUUUUUGUCUGGAGUUCCCAGGAAGUGUAUGUUUAUGAGUAUAAACUGGCAAUUGUAGAUGGGCUGCCAGAACUAAAUGGAUAUGAGGAAACGUUGAAUUUUGGAAAUAAUAUAGUAGCUGUUAUAAGUUCAGAAGAAAACGUGUAUGCAUUGGACGAAAAAGGAUCAGUUUUUCUAUUUAAUCUCGAUGCUAAAAGUUCAAAUUCACCCGAUGAUAUGGAUAUAUUUGAAGCAAGUCCUGAGGAAGAGGUUAAUCGUCAGCAGAGUCUAAUAGGUAGUUUAGACAAAUGUGAUGAAUUACUAGCAGUUACGGAAGUGGCUGCAGGAUUCGCUUCUUGUUCAAAGUGUAAACAGAAACUGAUUGUUCAAAUCUGGAGAGUACAUCCACUACUGGAAAAAAUCACUGAGCACAGUAUUACGGAUACAUCACCUUGUCAGGUGUUCCUGAGUUACAAUAAAUUUCCUAUUUCGGAAGAAUUGAAAUGGAAACACUUCAAUUCUUUACAAAAAGGAGAAGAAAAUGUAUUACUAGUUGGCUUGAGCUCAGGACAGGUCCAGUCUUUACUUUGCUCUAAGAAAAGUCAGAGUAACUUAUCCAAUCUUCUCUCCACACCUUAUUCAAUAUCUUCAGUGAAUUGGAUAGCAGACAAAUCAAGGCAUUCCUCCAUAGCGGUUCUAGUGCAGUUCGUGCAUGGGGCCGCCAUGAUUCUCCAUGAAGGCGGUUCUCAAACCAUAUACUUAUCAGGCCCGGUUCAUACCAGUCUGUUCGAUACUUCAUGCAUGUCGUACGUCACUUCGGAUGGCGUCGAUUGUGUCGUCACCAAACUACAAAUCAGUCAAGACCAUGAUGUCAACUACGAGUGCAGUGUGUCACCUCUAAAAGGUGUGAGGUCCAUGUGCGAACUACCCAACAGCAGCUUAGUACUGGUUGGAACCCACCAUAGGUGUGUCUACUGGCUGAACCCCUCUCUGCCGUCAACUGGUGACGCGACCGAAUUCGCGAUGCCAGACGAUCGACUUCUGGACGCACUGCUCGCGUCUACUGGCUGUUUGGAAAACAUCUGCCUCAAAAUGGAGAAGGAGGAUGCGAUCAUUAGGGCGGUGGCUCUUGUGAAACGGGCCCAAAGUAUGCGAAAAUUCUUCAAUGUUCUAGUCAAAGUGUACGCGGGUAGUUGUCAUGCUCAGGACAGACUCAAAGUUCGAGUGGAAACCAGCUGCGAUUUUGUCGACUUCUCCAGUCACGUGUGGCAGUUGGAGUUGACAGUUACCUCACCAGAGGGCGGAACAUCCGAAAUCGUCUUGAAAAAAUUGCGAAAAUCGUUCAACUGCGACAGUCCGGUGAUUUGCGAAAUGGAAACCGGCUUGGUUGGAAUUGGCUCACAAGUCCAAUGCAGCAUGGUGGCUUCUAUAGAAGCUGAACAACCCUGGCUUGUUUUUCCUCUUGGCAAGAUAAAACUAGACGCUGGUUACUUUUUGAACGUCGUCAAUCACGUUGUGCCGAAGUCAAAUGCUGGUGUGACGUCACAGUCUAUUCUCUCCCCGAAUGAGACCAUCCAAAAAGUAGAUACAGUGUUGACAAUGACGCUCAGUGCACCCACCCUGAAUGACCAAUUUUUAUUUCAAAAAAUGCUCUUCAAUUCAUCGCAUCGUAUGACGAAAGACCAAUGGAUAAGCCUGAAAGAUAGCACCACUACAUCAGUGAAUGCAAGCAUUGGGGAUGACAGUGUGUAUAUAAGACUGGACAAAGCUCAGAGUUCACUGAAAAUCAGUUCGAGCUGUGCAGAGAUAUGUCACCGAGUGAGACAAGCAAUACUUUCCAGAAUAGUCAGUAAUUUGGAUGUUUGUCUUGAGGAGAGGGUCUAUGUUGAUGCUGAGGAGGUUCGAUUAUCGUUUGAAGUAGCAAAGUUGAAGAUGGACUUGGAGCCGAAAACAUUGAAAACCUUCAAAGAUCAAAUAAGAAAUAUUAGCAAAAAUCUUCCAACUUGAAACUUUUGUACAAUGUUUUUAAAAAAUCACUUUUUGCUUUUAGAAAAAAGUGAUUUAAUAAUAAGCAGUUCGUGAUGGAAAACAACAUUGAAGAGUUUUUAAAAAGUUAGAAUACUUUAUUGUAAAUAUUGUAUUAUAUAUGUUAUGUUUCUAUGUGUUUUUAUUUAAAUAAAAUUUUGUACAAAUGUACACUUCAAUGUCUA